CUGACAGCCACUCUGGUUUCUUGAUUCAGGUUUCUGUGGGCAUUGCACCUGACAUCCUCAAUGGUGUUUCCAGGAAGCAGAGAAGUAGAAAGCGGAUGAGGAGGAGCAUAAGAAGAAGGUAGAAGCAACAAAAUUUUCCGGGAAACACCAUCGAGGAUGACUAGAUAGCAUCCAGGCUCGCUGCUGCCGUCAAAAAAGAGGAUGGAGGACGCAAUCGAGCAUGAUGGCAACCAGUUAGCCGAGGCGGAUGAGUUUGAGGCCACCACGAAGCACCUGACAGCAUCUGCAAUCCUAUCAUUGCUAAGAUGCACCAGGGGAGGUGGUACUCCCGACAUGGCUGGUGGACGGAUGAUGAUGUUCCUUCAGAGGAUGGCAGAGGUGCAAGGUUGAAGAUCGAGGAUGGCAGUCUACCUUCUAGGUGCUUGUUCCUGGUUUGCUUUGGUAACAGUUCUGUUGGGUACUUCUUGGGCCUUGAUUCUGCUUUGGAUUUUGCUCUCAAAUGUUGUUCUGAGAGUUACAGUGGAAGAAGCUCUUGAUCCAAUUUAUUUUGCAGUAUUCUUGGUAAGAUAGUCAAGCAGUUCCUUAGCUGUGUGUCGGAAAGUUACACAUCCAGGUCCAGUAAGGGAACCGCUCGGCUGCUGAGGGCCGUUGUCUUCUUGCAUAAGCAGCACUGCUCAUGCAGCAACAUUCUUGUCUGAAUCGCUUCCAUGAAUACGUUGUUUGACAGGAAUUCCCUGUUUGGGUUGGUGGUCAAGAUGUCGAUUAAAGUUGUUAAAGCUGAUGCAACAGAGCAACUCGAUCGAGUACCUCGAGAUUCCCCGCUCACGAUCGUUGUUUUGGGACAGCCAUGGGCCAUUGGAGCAAGGUUUUGUCCAUGGAUGGCAAUGAAGUUUCUUCUUUAUCACGUCAUGUCAAUCUGACAUAUUCUUUCUGCGAUGAGUGGUAUGAAUCAGUGGUUGAUUCUUUCUUUCGACCAUCCUAUUUUUUUCAGAGACCAACAAAACAUGUCAAAUCGUGCAAUAAGUUUUACACUCCAGCAGGUGAAUAAGCGAUGGGAAAAUGGUUAUUUGCAUUGUAACCAUCCACGUACUUUACAGGAACCGAGACGUCUGGAAAUGUAUGCUUCAGUUGUAUCUGCUUGACAUUUGACGAAAUGGUCACGUACCCAUCGAGGUAUCCAAGUUCCCCUUGUUUUCUCUCUAUUUUCCUACCUCCUUGUCGUCGUUUACAGUCGACGCAGAAGCUCUAAUAUCCUGUUACGGUUCUCAUCUCUCUAGGCCAUAAUUGACCUCGUAAGGAUCUAAUCCUAUUAUAUCAUUUUAUAUAUCAUCUUUGUCAUGCAUGAAGCAUCAUCUACUUGCCCUUUGGAGAAUAAAGGCUAAGAGUCUCUCGCUCUCUCUCUCUCUCUCUCUACCUACCAACCAAAGACUACCAGAAUAUUAAAAUGCAUGCCCUCUUCAUUUUCCUUGUCUUUGAAUUCUCUCUUCUAGUCUGUCUUCUUCUUCCCUUGAGCUCUCUGCAACUCGUUGUAGAUGUGAUCACCCGCCGACUGGUAAACACAUCUGCCCGUUGCUUGAAAGAAAUACAAGUUAGAGGAAGAAGAGAGGAAAAGAACAAGCCAACCAUGGCUCUUUCGAUCUGUUCAUGUCUACCUAGAUCCACCUAACUGGAUCCAGGUGAGUGCGCUUCUUCCUCUUUUCUCCGUUCCCUUCUACAUCCAAAGCGUGUGACUAAAGAGCGUAUGGAUUCUCGAGCUCAUGAAAAAUCUCUUCUUGGAUAUGUGUGUUUUCCUGCUUUAUUCCAAGGGAGCAAAUAAGCUACCGGGGAAUGGCAGCGCGACGCCCUGAAGGUGAGAUGGUUCGCUCGAUUAGGUCUCCACCAAUGGCGGACCAAGCUCGGUUCGCAAAGGUUCCUCAGCUACAGCCAGGACUGAAGUGCCCGCGUUGCGACUCCACCAACACAAAAUUCUGCUACUUCAACAACUACUCCUUGGCACAGCCCCGCCAUUUCUGCAAGACAUGCCGGCGUUACUGGACUCACGGCGGCGCCCUCCGAAACAUCCCUGUCGGUGGUGGUUGCCGCCACAGCAAGCGGACCAAAUCCAGUGCUGGCAGCUCCUCGAAGUCCUCGACCGUGACCACCCAGGCCGGUGCCUCCUCCUCGUCCUCCGCGGCCGCAUCUUCGGCCAUAGGUGGUGCAAUCACGUCGAACAUCCCGCUCCUAUCGCAGCUGGCCUCGUUGCACCCUCUACCAGACUUCGGAGCCACUAACUUCGGCAUGGGCUUAUCAGGCAUCCAAGCCGUAGACACAGUGGGCUAUCAGAUUGGCGGCGGCGGCAUCGAGUUGGAGACUUUGAGGCUCCAGCAAAUGCAUCAGUUUCCUUUAUUGGGAGGACCACAACUCCCACAGCCGCCGCCACCUGCAUCAAUUUCCGCGUUACACCCUUUCGUUAUCGAGGGCUGUGGAUUUCUAGGGGGACCAUUUACCAGGCAAGCUCAAGCGAAUCCGGCUGGUUCCGAGCUCCUAACGCAACUGGCUUCAGUGAACAUGGACAGUCAUCAACUGCUUAAUUCUCCAAGACAGUAUGUUGGUGUCGCUCACAAUGUUCAAUUCUGGACCGGCGGCGGUGGGGGAAGCAGCAACAGCAGUGAUGCCGGUGGAUGGGCGACCGAUCUUUCAGGAUUCAACUCUUCAUCUGGCAACAUCUUGUGAUUGCAUGGUUACUACGGUGACCUUAUAUCAUGGAAGCUUAUCUUUUUGGCAAUGGCUUCGGAAAGGGCGUACUUAGGCAGUAGAUCGUCUUCUUCUUUCAGGCUUAUUUGGAUUUCUUUUUUUCCCAGUUUCGUGAUGUGUUUUGUCUUACACUAUGGUUAUAGAAAUUUGACGAUCGAGUCGUCGGAAAAUGA